UCGUGCAGAACCCCCCCCCCCCCCCGGUCGGUUUCGUCGAACAGCAGCCCAGUUUGCGCGAUCCAAACGGCCCCCUUGCUACAACUUUUGACGGUAGGCCUGACUGAUCAACGAUGUCCUGGUCGGCAAAGAGUUUAGCGCUGCCCCUGGUGCUGCUGUGCUUGUGGGGGCUUCAGGAAGGAACGCGAGCCUGCAAAUGUGUCAGCCGACACCCGCAAGAGGCGUUUUGCCAAUCGGAUGUUGCCAUCAAGGCAAAGGUUGUUGGGAAGGUCGACACGACCUUAAAUCCCAUUAAGUAUCGCAUCAAACAGAUCAAGAUGUUCAAGGGUCCUGAAAAGCGAUUUUGUUACUUCUACACUGAACCCGACUCUGCAGCUUGUGGCGUUAAUCUCUCCAAUAACACCGAGUAUCUUCUAUCAGGCAGACUGGCCUCCGACGGUUCCAUGCACGUCUCCCUGUGCGACUUCUAUCAACGCUGGGAAGACUUGAGCGCCAUGCAAAAGAGAGGCCUAGUCCAGCGCUACCAAACGGGCUGCGAUUGCAAGAUCACUCGCUGCGUCUCCACCCCGUGCGGCCGAGGCCCGACCGAGUGCUUGUGGACGGACUUUCUUAUGGCGAAGGUGUUCCGACACUUGGCUUGCAUCAAGAGAAGCGACGGCUCUUGCGCCUGGUACACGACGGUCGCCUAACCCAAACUGCUUUAUAGAUGUCUGAGAGCUUUCACUCAAAUAAACGUCGUAAACUCAA